UUCCACAUUUAACACUAAUUUUUUGCAUCACUAGCCUUUCUACGAAAGCAAAGACAUUUCUCUUUCUUCACCGCCACUCACGGCCGCCGUCAGCGUUCUCAGCUCGGCUUCCCAGACCUCCUCUAUACUCAAGUCUUCAAAGUUUGCUCCGAACCCAGACAUAAGCUAGUGAAGCCGAACCACAAAACAAAAGCGAAAAACACUCCGGUUCCUAUCGCCGGCCGUCGAACAGGUCUGUAGUUUUCUUAUCUUAUGGCGAUGUGUGUGGAAGACAGGAUCAGUAGUUUCCCUGAUCAUAUUCUUUGUCAUAUUUUGUCAUUCCUUCCCAUCGAAGAAGCAGUUCGAACCUCUAUUAUUUCAACCAAGUGGAGAUACCUCUUUGCUUCAAUUUCUACCAUUAAAUUUGAUGGUUAUUUAAUUAGUGGUUUGACUGAAAGAAAUCUUGACAGUUUCAAGAACUUUGUUGAUAGGUUAUUGAAAUUCCCCGAUCAGGUAAGUUUAGAUUGCUUUAGGCUAAAUGAUAUUAUUUCAUGGAAUGAUGAAGAUCAUAAUUUUGAUGUUUCUGAUUGGAUAUGUGCUGCACUGUGCCGUGGUGUUAAGGAAAUUGAUUUGGACUUAGAGAAUCUUGGGGAUAUUUUACCAGCUCUUUUAUUCACUUGCCACUCACUGGUGACGCUGAAAUUGGUUGCAGUAGGUUCUGAGAUUAAGGUCCCAUCUGACGUUUGUUUAGGGAAUCUGAAGACUUUGCAGCUUAUAAACUCGGAAUUUGUAGGUGAUUCCAUUCAUAGGUUAAUUUCGAAUUGCCAUGUCUUAGAAGAUUUGGCUUUUAUUAAUUGUGAUUUUGAAUAUUUGCGUGAGGAGGUCAAUAUCCAAAGUCCUUCGCUUAAGAGAUUGGUUUUAGUUUUUGAUCUUGUAGAAUUCGAAAAUAUAGAUUAUGUGGUGGUGAUUAAUGCUCCAAAUCUUGUUUAUUUUCAAUAUACUGAUACAGUAGUUAAAGGCUAUACUUUGACUAACAUGAAGUGUCUAGAAAAAGCCCAUAUUAACAUCUGGGAAAGUGAUUCCAUUGAUUGUGAAACAAGUGCAACUCAUCUUAUUCAAGGACUUCGCAAUGUGCGGUUUCUAAGUUUAACCACUGAUGAAGCGAUUUUCCUAACAAAUCGACUUCCUAUAUUUCACAACCUUAUUGAAUUCGAAUAUGAUAGUCAUGGUUUUGAUGGGAUAGAAACUUGGCUUGUGGAGUUUCUACAUUGUGCGCCUAAUCUAGAGACACUUACCCUCAAUUUUCCGGAUGUUGCAGGAACUCGACGGAAGGCUUUACCUAUAGAAGUUCCUUCUUGUUUGUCAUUUCAUCUAAAGGAGAUUGAAAUUUCAUGCUUUGAGACACAUAUAAUUGAAAUGGUUAGUUAUUUCUUGGAUAAUGCAAUGGUUUUGGAAAAUCUCAUAAUCAAAAUGAAGGGCAUGACUGUGACACAGAAAACGAAAGUCAUCAACCAAUUAUUGCAGUUACUAAAGAGUUCAAAGAAAUGUCUAAUUGUGAUUUUGUAGUACUGUUUUAUAUUAUGGUUAGAACUUAUCAGUGUCUGGUUUGGUUUUGUAUAGAUGUGUUGUUUGUAAUAUAUAUUUCACUGUUAAUAUCCGAUACAUUCACUAAUCGCAAUAGACUAUACCUGAUGGUUGGUUUAUAUGUAUGUGUGUAUGUAUACUUGUGUAUAUAAUGUAUUUUAGCCGAAAGUAGCCUUUGAAAUUGA